GACAUCUGGGUCUGGUUCACACUCAGCCGAGGGAGACUCCUGGACACUGAGAGCUUCUUUGAGGCUGUUGUAGAAUCUCUCCGGGACAUACUGAGCAGAGAGGAACUGCUUCACCUGCUGACUGAAGUCCUAAAUAGAUUUGUGGCUGAGGACAACUUGUCCAGGUGACCUUGCUCCAGGGUGCAUGAAUACCUGAAUGAGCUGAAUGCAGAAUUGCUCCUGAAAGAUCAAGACACGCUCGAAAUAGACCCACUGGAUAAGGAGAGGUUUUUGAAGAGGUUUCCUCGGGUGAAACGGAAGUAUGAGGAUAGAAUAGGAAAGCUCCGUGCACUUGCAGACAUGGUGGACAAGGUUCACAGGGGCUGCACCAUCUCCAAGGUGGCAGCCAUCUCUGCUGGUGCUGUGUCUGGCCUUCUGACCAUUAUUGGCCUGGCUCUGGCACCUGUGACAGCAGAGGUCAGUCUGGCACUCUUGGCAACUGGGUUAGGGCUGGGGGUUGCAGCUGCUGUGACCACUAGUGUGGAUCACGUCAGCAGGUCAUCAGCAGAAACCGAAGCCAGUUGCCUGAGGGCAUCUGCCAUCAAGAAAUGGAAAGUGGUCAAGGAAGUCUUACAGGAGAGCAGGCCCCAAAUUUUUUCCACAGAAGAGAAACUCAGAGAAGCCAUCCAAUGCAUUGAAAUGAUUAUCCAUGUCAUCGAGCUGAUCAGAGCCAACCCUGGCUUCCUGGAUGAUCUCAGUGCCUUUCUGACCACUGGGCAAAAGUCUUUACAAAGCAGCAGGCAGGUGCACCAAAUUCUUAAAGGUACAGCUCUGGCAAUGAGCAAAGGAGCCUGGGUUGCUGGUGGGGUCACUGAAGUUGCCUUCCUCCUGGUGGAUUUGAUCCUCAUGGUGAAAGAGUCAGAGCACUUGCAUGAGGGGACAAAGACAGAGGUAGGUAAAAGUCUAAGGCAGCGGGCCAGGGAGCUGGAGAGGAGUCUGGAUGUGCUCACCAGGACUUACGAGAGUCUGAGUUAG